AUAGAAAUCUCAUUUAUCAACAUAUAGUAUCCAUCUACCUUAUCUAUCAAAAGUUUAGAAGAAGAAAUGCUCCUCCACAAUCACAUCCUACCACUCCGGCUGCCGAGCAGCCGCAACCGCAACGGCCGUCGGGCAGCGACAACGGGCAGCUUCUCGUUGUCGGACGAGUCGCUUUCCUCCCGCGGGUUCACGUUCCACCGCAGCGCAGAGAAUCUGAACCUUGAGCAGCUGAACUCCGUGUUCGCCGCCGUGGGAUUCCCGCGUCGCGACCCGGAAAAGAUCCGGGUGGCGCUGGAGCACACGGAGCCGCUGGUGUGGGUGGAGUACGAGAAGACGAAGAGGCCGGUGGCGUUCGCGAGAGCGACCGGCGACGGCGUGUUCAACGCGAUCAUAUGGGACGUGGUGGUGGACCCCAGCUUCCAAGGCUUCGGCCUCGGAAAGGCUGUGAUGGAGAGGAUCCUCACAGCCCUGUUAGACAAGGGGAUUACCAACAUCGCCUUGUAUUCGGAGCCUCGGGUCCUCGGGUUUUACCGCCCGCUCGGGUUUGUAGCCGACCCGGAUGGCAUCCGGGGAAUGGUCUACUCUAGGAAGAAUAAAUCAAAAACUUAAUUACUACUAUGAAAUCAAUUCUUCAUUCAUAGCAACCUACAGCCUUCUUUAAUUGCAGCUGGCUGGUAUAAUAUCAUCAUUUCAUCUUGCCACCAUUUCCUUUAUUGAAUUUGUAAAGAUCUAGAAUAAAAAUUUUGUGCAAUACAUCAAUUAUGUAAUAUUAGGAUAAUGUGAUUUAUUUGAAUUUUAUUUUAAAAAUUGAAAA